UCAUAAACCGUUUGACAUUUCCCAGUAGUAAUUAGCGCUAAUCCUUGCCAGCAGCUGCGCAGGCAUAAGCCAGGUAGUUCCUGGCCAAAUGUUACCCGUUGCCAUCGUGUAUUUAACUGGCUGUCGCCUGCUUAGUUCAGUUAGUUAUAGAUCGUACUGUCUAAAGAUGAAGAUCGUUGCGUUUUUGUUGCUGAGCAGCCUUACUGUUGCCUUGGUGCUGGCCUUUCCUGAUAGCCACAAUGCAGUUGAUGAUUUGCCAGCUGCUGACGUGUCUCCUGAUCCAAGUGCCAACACCGGAGAGGCAACAGCCGCCACGUCAUCAACAACUGAUCAGCUACGCCAGCCACGUCAUCUUCUGAAGAGCCUAUUCAAACCCCAGCCACAGGUGAUAGUGCAACCAAUUCUGGUACAGCCGCAGAGCCAACAGCGCUAUCCCAAUAUGAAUGUCUAUAACGGCGGAGGUCGAGGCUAUAACUACGGCUAUGGCGGCACUGGAUACUGGUAG